CUUGAGAAAUGAAGUGGGAGUCACAGCCAGUACAAUUUGUUCUCUGCUUUAUUUACAGGAGCCAAGCAAUAAGCGGGUUCGGCCUUUAGCACGGGUCACGUCCCUGGCGAACUUGAUCUCUCCUGUAAGAAAUGGUGCAGUUCGGCGCUUUGGGCAGACAAUACAGUCAUUUGCCCUUCGCAGUGACAGCAAGUCUCCUAGCUGUGCCCAGAAGUCAUGUAGCAGAUCUGCUGCUCCUACUCCUCCUAAAAGAAGAAACAGUGUACUUUGGUCUGAGAUGUUAGAUGUCAACAUGAAGGAGUCCCUGAGCACCAAAGAAAUUAAGCGCCAGGAGGCAAUAUACGAAAUGUCCAGGGGAGAGCAGGACCUAAUCGAAGACCUGAAGCUUGCCAGAAAGGCCUAUCAUGAUCCCAUGCUGAAGCUCUCUAUCAUGUCUGAGGAGGAACUCACCCACAUAUUUGGGGACUUGGAUUCUUAUAUUCCUCUGCAUGAAGACUUGUUGGCAAGUUUAGGAGAAGCAACAAAACCAGAUGGAACAGUGGAGCAGAUUGGGCCCAUUCUUGUGAAGUGGUUACCACGACUCCAUGCCUACAAAGGUUACUGUAGCAAUCAGCUGGCAGCCAAAGCACUUCUGGAUCAGAAGAAGCAGGACCGCAGAGUGCAGGACUUCCUUCAGCGCUGCCUUGAGUCUCCCUUCAGCCGCAAGCUAGACCUUUGGAGCUUCCUGGACAUUCCUCGAAGUCGGCUCGUCAAAUACCCACUGCUCCUGAAAGAGAUUCUGAAGCACACUCCCAAAGACCAUCCCGAUAUCCAGAUUCUGGAAGAAGCCAUAUCCAUUAUCCAAGGAGUCCUCUCUGACAUUAACCUGAAGAAGGGAGAGUCGGAGUGCCAGUAUUACAUUGACAAGUUGGAGUACCUGGAUGAGAAGCAGAAGGAUCCGAGGAUUGAAGGCAGCAAAGCUUUACUGUGCCAUGGGGAGCUGAAGAAUAAAAACGGACAUAAACUCUACGUCUUCCUCUUCCAAGACAUCCUGGUUUUGACCCGGCCAGUCACUCGCAAUGAGCGUCAGGCCUACCAAGUGUACAGGCAGCCGAUCCCUGUCCAGGAGUUGCUCCUCGAAGACCUGCAGGAUGGCGAUGUGAAAAUGGGAGGAUCUUUCCGAGGAGCUUUUGGCAAUUCCGAUAAAGCUAAAAAUAUCUUCCGAGUUCGUUUCCAAGAUCCCUCCCCAGGCCAGUCCCACACACUGCAGGCCAAUGAUGUCUUCCACAAGCAGCAAUGGGUUAAUUGCAUCCGAACCGCCAUCGCUCCCUUCCAGCGGACUGCCGCCACAGCGGAGCUGAAGGAGCUGCCAGAGCUGAGCGAAGAGUCGGAGGAGAACAACCCCUCCGCGCCCAACGUCAGAGCCCAGAAGAGGCAGUCUGCCAUGUCUGGCGUAACCGAGAUGGAGCUAGACGAAAGCACGUCCGAGUGUGGCUCCAUCCUGGACUCGGAGGAAGCCAAGGGCGUGAAAACACAGCAAACGCCGACUGGGCACAGAAAAACGAGGGAGAAGCAGCUAAGUGGCAAGCGGAAAGAAACGCUAGUGUAAAGAGGAGCCCAGCAACAUGCCGGUGGAGGACUGUUUAUUUAUAAAUAACGUGUACAUUUUUCUUGUAAUGUGAGCAUGAUUGGAUUCACUCUACUGAAGAGAAUUUUUUUUUUUUUAAUGUUGUAAUGGCAGCUACUGGUAUACAGUUAACACUGUUGAACUGGAGUCUGUUUUUACAAACACACCCACUUUGAACCUGGUUUUAAUG